AUGCCACAGUCUUUGCGCUCACGUAAGGCAGCUGGCAGGAAAACUUUGGAGAUAUUGAGAGCGAGAGCUGAGGCAGGUUUCAAAGCCACCCAGGUGAAAGCUGAGCCGGUCUCUCCACUGUCAGACGGCGCCCAUGGUUCGUCUCCAGUCGCUGCCCCAGUUGGAGUGGCUCAACCAAACCUGCCUUCAGAUGGAAGUCCUGUUAGUUCGCCUUGCAUGGAUGGAACAGCGCUUUCAGACUUGAAAGAUGAUAGCAUGCCAGAUUCAAUGCAGUCAGCGCCUGAGAAUGGAUCAGUGCAGUUCAAGGAGGACAAGACCGGCGAACAGACCCAAGGUCUCAUUGCUGGAGAAUCAACAGAAGAAGCCAUCAAAGUUCCGAGGGUGGUGCCUCCUCGUCCAGAGUUCACUUCACAUGGCAUGUCUGCCAGCAGUUCUCCAGGCAUGGCCCCGAAUGAUGCAGCAAUCCCUGCUGAAGGGCAGUCUGACCCUGCGCCGAAAAAGAAGAGGGGGCGUCGUGCUGGCAGAAAUGUGGAGUUCUACAAUGCUGCCUAUGUGCUGAAGAAAGUUUUUCAUCAGGUGGUGGUUGUGGAAGAUGAGGCCAUGCCAGAAGCCACUUUUGCUUCUACCUGGCUGGACAAGUUCCGAGCUCGGAUGGCAGAGUACCCAGCAGGGCCUGCAGCUUUGUUGAAGAAAGAGCUGAAUACCGAUGCAGAAGUUUGGGAUUUCAUGACGUGGCUGUGGACUGAAUUUCCCGAGAGGCCUGAUGUCAUGUAUCAGCACUCCGGAGAAAUCCACGGCACCAGUGAAGACAUGUUGGCACAAACGCCGCCCACCGCUUUCCACUUGUGUGCCUUUGCUUGGGAUGACCGGUGCAGCAUGAAGCCGCCCCCUGGCAGAGAUCAUUGCCUCACCAUGGUGGAGCAUUACCUCAAGCAUGGCUUCAUCACCUCAGGGGACGCCAUCCUCGCCCAGCACAAGUUGAUUCAACCUGACCUCAAGAUGAUUGCGCCAUGGCAGAAGCCAAGCACUGGUGAAUGCCUGCUUCCUUUCUCAGUGCCUUUUGUGAAAGGCAGGGCAAGGAUCACGUCUCUCUUUGCCCUCCUCUAUGUGAUGUUCGAUGGCGGGGUCACCAAGAUUGCGGAUGAGCACAAGAUUUUGUGGGAAUCCUGCUGUGUCAUCUGGACCCACCAUCUCUUGCAGCACACAAAGGAAGAGGAGGUACUGACCAAUCUCAGAAUCAGCUUGAAAGGCAGUUUGCGAAAGGCCUGCAAUGUGAUCCAAAUCGCGCAGAUGAUUCGCAAAUUGUUGAGGGAUGGAGGCAGUGACUAUGGCUCCUUCGCCAGGAAGUGGAAUACUCAGACGGUUGCAGCUCAUCAGAUCAAGGGUCGGAAGGCAACUUCGUUGAAGCUUCUGUUCGAGUCCGCCCCGCAGGACGUUCUGGAUGACAUCUUGACACAUGUGGGCAUCAUGGGCUGGUCCGAGUCUUGCUGGACUGAGGAAAACUUAGCCAGCAAGCGCCUUUUUCCUGGUCAUGGUUUCCACUCCCGGUCGCGCAAGUGGGCUCCACGGCUCAAGGUGACCGACGACAGCCUUCGGCUGAUGGUCAAGAAGCUUCAGCACACUGUGGAAAAUUGGCGUCCUGAACUUGGCAAGAGACCUAUCUAUGAUGUCAAUUUCGUAGAAGGUGUGGCUGAAAAAGCUGCCGCCCUUUGCGGAAUGGCCAGGGAGUUUUGCAAAGAGCACCCUGUGGCCUAUGAUCAGGUUGAAAUCAAAGUUCUCAAGCCUUGGGCUGAAGGAGACGAGCGCAUCGACAUGGAGGUGGAUGCAGCUCUUUUGGAGAAGCAAGAAACUUUUGAGGUUGGACUGCACAUGCCGUGCUUCAAGUCUAUGUUGGAUGAUGCCAUCUUCAAGGCACCAGUGACUUCAGACCAAGAGAAAGAUUUGCGUGACGCCUUGAAAAGGGAUGAGUUUGACAACUUGAUGAAGAAGUUGGAAUACGACCAAAAGGUAUUCGAGAUCUGGCAGUCCAAGUGCGCUGGUGUGACCGUCUCUAGAAACCAUGCAAGGCAAGAGCAUGUGGUGAAACAACACAGAAAGGUCCAGGAAGGUGUCAACAACUACUUGGAUGGUUGCGUGCGGCUGCUGACGUGGGAAGGAGUGCGAUCAGCCGACGCUCUGAUUCCCCAGAUCUUGCAGUACCGCCAGGACUGCAUCAAGAAGCUCAAAGUCAAGGUGACGGCGCACGAAGUUCCAACCGUCACGUUGUCGAAUUGGACGGCCCCCUGCCUGAUGCCGAACAACAGGCAGACAGAGCAUGCCUCCAUCUUGAGUUGGGCCAUGCAUGACAAUUCCAACUCAUGUGGUCUCAUUUUCUCACCGAUCUUUUCCCAUCAAAAGGGCAAGACAUUCCUGGAGGAGAACACAGCACUCAAGAUCUUGAGCGGAGGAGGGCACAACCUGGAUCACCAAUUCAGUCUUCUGUUUCAAGAACGCUGUGACCAAAGAGAUGGUCGUCCUCUCCUUUACCCUGCCAGGUUCGCUUUCCCUGGCCACAUCGUGGACUUGAACAAGGGAGCUCCCUUCUUCCAAUCUGAGCUGAGAAAGACUGGCAGAACAGAGGCAUGCAAACAGCUUGCCGCCCGAGAUUUGAAAGAGAUCGAAGAUGUGGCUGAUGAUUCACUGCCCUCCCAGACCGGCACUGGCUAUGUCAACGGAGCGUCCAAAUACUGUCAGAUUGGGCUUCCUGCCGCAGAAGAGAUUUUGAAGAAGCUUUUCGAAGGUGCUGCUUUGGACAACUUUCAGGCAGUUUUGCUGCUUGACCUGAACCCUCGUGUCGGAGACUUUGCCCAAGCCUUUUGCAGGUUGCGCAGCCACCUUGGUUCUCCCACUUCGUUGUUUUACCUUGCAGUGGGUGACAAAGGAAAAGAUCUAGAUUGGAUGCGCCUGAGCUUGGCAGAAGAGUUGGUUGAGAAGGCCAAAGCUGGCCAAAUUCUCAUUCCAGGCAUGCAGCCUUUCCAGAAGGAAUUGAAUCCUGACGUUUUGGAUGCUUUGCCAACGUUGCCAAUCAUGAACUUGUUGGUGACCAGCGGCGAGGCAGAGUACCGCAAGCUUCAGGUGCCGCACGCUCUGGUCAAGAAAUGGCGUGCAGACGAAGAAUUUGGUGAUGAAUUUGCGAAAUGGUUGGAUGGAUUCCUUGAGACCUACGCGGUCACCCCAGAAGAUGCUGGACCAGCACCUACCACCAACUCUCCUUCAAAAACUUUGCCAGGAGGGGUCGCAGAUGCUGUUGAGCCUUCACCCAAAAAGUUGAAAGUGGAGGAAGUGAAUUCCUGCCAUGUGGUGGAGAAAGACUCGAUCCAAGAAGCCUUGCUGUUCGACACAAAGCUGGCUGGCAAAGAUUCGUUGAAUUUCCAGAUCCGAGCAGGGAGAAAGGUCUAUUUGGUGAAUCUGACCACUGCAGAAUUGGUCUUGAAGAGUGGUGUCUCCUUGGUCGGCUUUGGCCGUGGAGCUUUCAAGCUUUACAAAGCUGCGGAAGAGUUCAACGAGAAGGCCAUUCCCUACAACUUGGAGGGCGGUGGUGACAACCUGGUGUGCUUGAAUGGGCAGCUCAUGACCAUUUCGACCUGUGUGCACCAGCAACGUGCCAAGAAUCCAGAAGCUCAGAUUUCUUACCACACCACCGCCAGCGUUCCUGAGCAAGAUGGCAAGUAUACCUUCAAGCUGACGCACCGGGUGGCUUUCAUGCCUGCUGGCAAGAAAGAGAAGUCUUCAGAGAUGGAGGAUGAGAAGGAAUCUGGCCUAAUGGUGUCGAACAUCGGAGCAAAGGAGCUGCCCAGCACCUUUGCUGGCCUUCAUUGCUGCCAAAUUGUUUGGCAUGUGCGCUGGACGGUUCGCGGCCUGCAGCCAGUGAAGCCGAUGCUGCACCUCACGAAGCGCCUGACCCUUCCGGCUGGCCAAGCUUGCAAACUCAAUGCCUGA